UUGGCGGUACAUUGUCACGAACCGUCUAAAAAGGAGCCUCCAAGUGUCCAACCGCACCAGAACUUGGUUGGCUCAGGCCCGGGCCGGCUUCCUAGUGCUGGCCCAUUGAAGGUGACAGGACGCUACCUCCUCCGUCGCAAUCGUCUAGCCGAUCUCACAACGUCGCAACCUGAUCUGCUGACUGCUGACAGGCUCGCAGCCUCAUUGCAAACAAAUACAGAGAAGCAAAACUCCCUGAAAAUCUGCAGAUCGGUCAUCGACAACACGCGCGCAGCUGCUCGAUAA